AUGACUUUUGCCUCUUCUUCUUCAGCCCCCCCAUCAGGUUCUUCCAAAGACUCCUCAAGUGUCACCACCCACAACUUGAAGUCCCUCGAAUCUAGACUCUUGGUCACAGAGAUGCUCCCAGGGCUUCCUGUUGUACAGGUGAAGCCUGUACCUCUCGGCACUCCCGAGUUCGAAGAGAAGAGGGCUGCGUUACUUGAAGCAUUUGCAGCGAAGGUCCCGGGGGAGCUGCAGCUGCCUUUGAAGAUUAUACAGAACCCUCCAACAGACGUGUCCACGAUCCCAACAACAUGUGGCAUUUUAUCUCCAGAAGAGAUCAUUAUCACUGAGGAUUAUGAUGCUGUCGGCCUUCUUGAGGCAAUCGCACGUCGAAAACACACCGCAGUAGCCGUUGCACGGGCAUUCUGCAAGCGUUCCAUCAUUGCGCAUCAGCUCACAUGCUGCUUGACACAAUGGUUCAUGGAAGAGGCCAUCGAACAAUCUCAAAAGCUCGAUGCAUAUUUCGAGGCUCACGGGAAGCCUAUCGGUCCCUUGCAUGGCUUGCCAAUAAGCAUCAAAGAUCACAUCCAAGUUGCCGGGACCUCUUCCUCUCAGGGCUGUUUUAUCAGUAUCAGCGACGACGACCAAGAUGCAGACAUCGUGUCAAUCUUGCGUGCCCAAGGUGCCGUCAUUUACUGCAAAACCAACCAGCCUCAAUCGCUGAUGCAUCUUGAGAGUGACUCCCAUUGGGGAAGAGUCCUGAACCCUUUCAACAUUCAUCUGUCUGCUGGCGGCUCGACGGGAGGUGAAUCUGCGCUGAUUGCGAUGAAAGGCUCGAUCUUAGGGAUUGGGACUGACAUUGGUGGGAGCAUUCGUGGCCCAUCUGCCUUUUGUGGUAUCUAUGGCUUCAAGGCCACAUCGAAUGUCUUGCCGACAAGGGGGUACAUCAAAGGCGCUCCGCCUCCAGCCGUGCUAAACAUCCCUCUGUCGACGGGACCUAUGUGUCGCUCCUUGAGAGACAUGGACCUUUUCAUGAAAUGUGUCCUUUCUUCGAAGCCUUACCUUUCAGAUCCAAACGUCGUUCCGAUUCCGUGGGCUGGUCUUGAAAGGCAGUUCAAUCGGCGCCUCAAGGUUGGCAUCAUCAGCAACGAUGGCUUCAUCGAGCCUCAACCGCCGGUGAAGAGGGCAAUUUCGUGGGCCAGGAACCUUCUGUCCGAUAGCAAGUUUGCCAAUCUCAUCGAGUUGAAAGAGUUCAAAGUCUUGGGUGCAGAAGAAGCAUGGAACCAAGUCCGGAGACUGUACUGGCCCGACGGCGGCCAUCUCACCAAAAACGGCAUAAUCCCAUCCGGGGAACCUCUUCACCCUCUUACAGAAUGGAUCUACAAAGACGCAGAGCCCCGGGGCAUGCACACCGCCGUAGAUCUUACAGCCGUCCACAAAGAGCGAGACGAUUUCCGACUUGCUUUUGCCAAAAGCUGGAAUGAGCAGGAUGUGGAUGUCAUUAUCGGCCCGUCGUUCGUAGGGCCAGCGUGUGCGCACGACACGGCCUUCUACUGGACGUACACCUCGCUCUACAACCUUGUCGACUACCCGGGAGCGGUUAUUCCCUCGCCAAUUAGGGCUGAAUCUGGGGAAGUUUACGAUACGGGCUAUGUUCCGCUGAGCGGUGCUUGUCGACGAGUUAGAGAUUUGUGGGAGGAGGGUGAUUUUGGGGGUGCGCCUGUUAAUUUGCAGGUUGUGGCGAGGCGAUAUCACGACAAUGAGCUCUUUGGGGCGUUGCGUGUGCUGAAAGACGUAUUAAACUUGUCUUAA